GCUCCGGGGCGGGACGCGGGCGCCCGGGGGCGGAGGAGCCGGGAGGCGGGAGGCGCUGGGGCCGUUUAAGCGGUCUCCCUCCCGCCCCCAGCCGCCCGGUCUGGCCCCAGCCCUGUCCCGACCCCCGGCCUGGCCCACUCAGCCUUACCCCGCCGAGCGGUCCGCCGGGCACGCGGGCGGCCUCCGGAGCAGCGCAAGCCGAUGAGGGCCGCGCGCCCUGCUGCCGGCGCUGACGAGACGGAGCUCCCGGCCCCCGAGGAGGAGCGGAGGAUCAAUGCGGUUCAAGAAUCGAUUCCAGCGGUUCAUGAACCACCGGGCCCCAGCCAACGGCCGCUACAAACCAACCUGUUACGAACAUGCUGCUAACUGUUACACACAUGCAUUCCUCAUUGUUCCAGCCAUCGUGGGCAGUGCCCUCCUGCAUCGGCUGUCAGACGACUGCUGGGAAAAGAUCACCGCGUGGAUUUAUGGGAUGGGCCUCUGCGCCCUCUUCAUCGUUUCCACAGUAUUUCACAUUGUGUCGUGGAAGAAGAGCCACUUGAGGACAGUGGAGCAUUGUUUUCACAUGUGCGAUAGAAUGGUUAUUUAUUUCUUCAUUGCUGCUUCUUACGCUCCAUGGUUAAAUCUCCGUGAACUUGGACCCCUGGCAUCUCACAUGCGUUGGUUUAUCUGGCUCAUGGCAGCUGGAGGAACCAUUUAUGUAUUUCUCUACCAUGAAAAGUAUAAGGUGGUUGAGCUCUUUUUCUAUCUCACAAUGGGGUUUUCUCCAGCUUUGGUGGUGACAUCAAUGGUGUCCUUACCUGCGGUGUGGUUGCCCGUCCAUCUGCUUCACCGUGACGCAGACAUCGUCAGGAUCCACCUGCUGGCUGUCACUGUCCACCUUGGGGACAGAGGGAAAUCUGGGAUCUCCCACACUGCUUUGGAGCCUAGGGAACUUUCCACCUGACUCCAGAAACCUUUUAUCUAGCAGCCUGGAUGCAGAAAGAUCACAAGAGGAUAAGAGAAGACUUGGAGGGAAAAAAGCCAGAUGUAGUGGUUGAGAACACACCAGAACCGAUGGAGAGCGUAAAGUAGCAUCUUCUCCAUCUAGGAAUGGAAUGUGAUGAAGAGAGCGGAACAGGGGGAAGCCUGUCCUCACCAGCAGGAACCUCACCAUGCACUGAGUUCCCUCUCUUAUUCCUCUUUAAGGCAGUGUAGACUCUUGGGUAAAGGAGGGGACCCCUGUUCUAGUCUCUUGGUGACCUUCUGAGAUGAAAUGGUGGUAAACCCAUAGGUUCGCCUAACUUGUCACGAUUUACCAAGCGUAUUACAUACACACAUUAGCACAUUCUGUGAGCACGUCUCCAUGAGGAGGGCAGCCACUAUCACUCCUGUUUCACAGAUGAGGAAACCAAGCUUCAGAGAGGUUAAGGGAUGUGGCCUGAGCAAACCAGAGAAUGCCAACAAUCACCAGAACGUACAGUCUUGUUUCUAAACCCUUUGUGAGGGUGCCAGCAAGGGUGUGUCUCAUCAUCCUUGGAGAAGGAAGAGAUGGGAAGGCAGAAAGCCCAUCUCACUCGUAGGGCUUCGAAGACACUGCCAUGAUGUGCCAAUGAGGACAAAACAGCCCGUUCUUCAGUGUUAGCGCCCUGCUGCCCUCCAGGUUCACAGAGGGGAGUGUCACAGAAACCAAGGGUGCGGGUGUGGGUAUUAACUCUUUGUUAGCCCAACAAACAUUUUCUAAGUUGUCCAGUAGCAUUGAAUGAUGUUCUCAGGGCAAAGGAUAUAAAAAAGAUGAAUAACACAAGAUUUUAGAAGUUUAUUCUCUAGUAAGGAGAGAUCCGUGAACAAGUAAGUGAAAUGCAAUCUCAGGUGAGUCUCAGAGUUUUACACGGAGUUUGAUUCAGCUUAAAAGAGAAAUUGGUUGGUCAGUCCUGGGAAGAGGUGGGAGGCUUAAUAGCGGAGGUGCCUCAUGAGUUGAGUCUAAAAAGUAGGUGGGUUUUGACACAUGAAUGGGGAGAUAUAAUAAUUGAGGGAGGGAAAGUGUCAUGGGAAAGGCCCUGAGGUGUGAAAUGAUGUGGAAUAUCUUAGGAAAUGCACUUCUGUGUAACUGUAUCAUUAUGUGCAUAAGGAAUGAAGAUGGGAUAUACUGAUGAACCUGGAGAGAAGCUAGUUCAUAGAAGGCCUGGGAAGCCAUACUGAUGGGCCAGAAAUUGGUCCUCUAAACCCCGCUGGCCAAUAUGGUAGCUACUAGCCACAUGGGAUUAUAGAGCAUUUGAAAUGUGGACAGUGUGACUCAGCAAUUUAAUUUUAGUUCAUUUAAACUUAAAAAAGGAUUCAGUUCCGUUAUUGGAAAACUUUUAAGUAUGUUUGGAACAACUUGGGUAAGUACAAGUGUUCUUUUGACUCCAUUGUAAAUUGUAUGAAAUCUAAAUAUAAGUCAGGCAUUUCCAAGGAAAAUUUGACAUCUGGAAUUGAGAUACGUUAAGUGUAAAAAUAUAUACCAGAUUUCAGAGGUUUGGCAUGCAAAAAGAACGUUAAAUAUAUCAUUAAUGAUUUUUAUAUUGGUGACAGAUUGCAAUAAUAUUUUUGAUAUAUUGGGUUCAGUAACAACAUUCAGAUUAAUUUCACUUUUCUUUUUCUUUUAAAAUUUUCCAGGAGCCACAUAAAAAGAUUACAUAUGUGGCCCACGCUAUAUUUUUAGUAGACAGAGCUGCUUAAGCAUUGGGGGAACAUUGGAGAAUUUUAUGUAGGGCAGAGACAUGGUCAGAUUUGCAUUUAGAGGGAACAUUCUGGUAGGAAAGGGGAGGAUAGCUUGGACGGAUUUAAGAGUAGAGAAAGGUACACUUGGUUAGGAAAUGACUGCAGUAAAAGCUUCAGGAAUUGGGUAGUCAUACAGAUACUAUGGAAGGUCAAUUUAGAGCAGGUGUCAGAAUCACCUGGGGGCUUCUUAAAAUACAGAUUGUGGGUCCUCCUCCCAAAGAGGCUGAACUAGGGUAGCGUCCAAAUACGUUCAUUUCUAACUAGCUUCCAGCUGCUGUUGCUGCUGCUGGCGAUCUGGAGAUCUUACCCCAAGAACCUCUCCCCUACAAGCUUUGGCCACCAAUAGGAUAUAUGAAGAGAGGGAGAGAGAAAAGUCUAUGAAGACUUGCAGAUUCCUUUUAUGGUGGACUGGGUGGACAGGGACUAGAAGAGGAGAAGCUUACUUAGGACAAAAUGGGAUGGGUUUUGUUUGGGAUCUAUUGAGUUUGAGGUCCUUUAGGAAUCCCAAGGCAGAGAUAUCUCAUGGGUAGUUGGGUAUAGUUAGCUGAAACUCAGGAAAGCGACUGAGCUGUACUUACAGAUUUGAAGUCAUCAGAGUUGAGCUGGCUGGUAAAGCCCUAAGCAUGAGUGAGAUUGCCCAGAGAGACAGCAAGGCAUGGGAAGACAAGAGACCCAACGGCAGAUUCUGAUAGUUGAAGCUAUGUUUUGAUCAAAAUCAUCAGUGUUCAAGAAAAAUAAGAUAGGCAGGAAUAUGCACUUGUCAUUUUUAACUGUAUGCUCUUGUGUUUGAUCACAGGGACCCAGGCUUAAGUAACAGACUCACAGGCCUUUAAAAUCUAAUCAGAGGUUAGCUGUUCUCCACCACUGACAGGACAGAGGUUAAAGAAAGUGUUUUAUUUGUGAAUUUGGUCAUUAAUAAAAUAGUCUUGGCUGACCGGCAGAACCUUCCUACACUUUAGCUUUGUGUUGUUGUUGUUGUUGUUGUUUUACCUGUAAAAUGGGGAUACUGAUACCUGUCUCUCAGAGUUUCGGGAAGGGGAUAAUGUGUGUAGCACAGCACCCAGCUGACAUGUGGGAGCAUCUCAGGAAGGAUGACUAAUCCUUGCUGUGAGACCACCUUCCAGGUGAGGCAACUUCACUAACUAAACCUUCUUGCAUAGAGACUCAUGUCACAUGGAAUCUCACCCAACGCAAAGAGAGCCAUUUUGAGUCAACAACAGCAAUGAUCAUUUCGGUAUUGUAAUUACUGCAACUUGAAAGUUCAGAGGGAAAGAAAACCAAUUCUUUAGAGCAAAUGUGUGUUGUCCAUUGUUACACAGUGUUUUUACAACACGAUGAAAUGGAAGGAAAGUAGCCUUCCUAAGCACUAGGCGGGCUGGAUAGAUUAUCCUAUUUAAUCUAUCACUGUAAUAUCUUUAAAUAGGUCUCCAGGGAAUGGCUCCAUGUGUUUCCUAGCAGGAGAAAGAGGAGCUGGGUCCCUGUGGUCCCAACACAUUGCCCAGGCAAUCAAAGCUGGGUCACUGCGGGUGGCGGUGUCAUUAUUCAGAGCAGAGAUGGCUGGCUAUAGUCUGACUUGUCUGACAGGCAGGCCAGACCUGUGUAGACAAGUGCAGCCUUUCUUUUGGUCAUUUGAGCCAUUUUCCCCAUCACCCUCUCCUGUUCUCCUUUUAUUUGGGAGCCGCAGCACUUCCCUUGAUUUGCCUGCUGUUUUCCCUCACAUAAAACCCUUCGUCUGAGAGAGAAAGUUGUCCUCAUAUUACCUUUAAUCUGAAUAUCAAUUUCAGCAUCUUAAGCCAGAGAGCCUUAUCUCGUCCAGCUGCUUUGAUUGAGAUAUGGUCUGGAAAGAAGUAAAACAGAGUUUGUGGGGCUUGGCUGACAUCUCUCUGAGCCCUCUUGUACUUUUCUUUCCAGAGAAUUCUCACCUCUCCCAGAUCCUGGUGUGCUAAUGAAAUAGAUAUUCUGUUUUGUUUCUGUUGGGCACAGAGUGUGGUCCAAAUGCAUUUUCUAAUGGUUUGUUUUCCAGCUGGGCUAAACAGAAUCAAAGCCACAAACCGCCAAUGAGGGCCCAAGACGUCUAAAUGGAUGGGGAAGCCAUUUAAAAUGCUAGAAGAAAUAAAAAUAAAAUCAGAGGCUGGUGGGAUUCUCUGUAGUUAUUUUACUAAGUAGGAGGAGAUUUUUUUUAUACACAUAUUAAUGUAUGUCAUUAACCAAUGACAUUACAGUAAGUUAUUUUACCAAUCAGCAAUGCUAUUCCUGUUUUUUGAAAAAUAAAACCGUAUCUAUACAUCCCCUGGUCUAACCACCCCCUUCCUCCUAUCUUCCCUCCUAACCCCGACAAGUCUGCCGCCAAGAGCUUCCACUAACUGGUCAGCAAACUCAUCUAUAUCUUCGAACACUUCUUCGAGUAUCUCCGACACCCACUUGCCUGAGUUGAAACCCAAGGGAACUGUGUGCCCCCUUCCUCUCUCUUAGCUCAGGAUCCAACAGAAGGAUAAUGGUCCUCCUUGUUCACCAUUGCUACUUCCAGACAAUUAUUCCCCUGCUCUCUUAGGAAAACAAACUAAACCCAAAACAUACAACAACACAACAAACCCAUCUCCUUUGAAGCUCAUGCUAUCCUACAUUACUCCCGUCUCUCCUUCCUUAGUUGUCAUUUGCCCUGGUUCACUGAACACCUGAUUCAGUCACUGUCUCUUGCAGUCAAUGCCACCGAGCUUAAGAACCUAUAUCUGCAGGGAGGCUGCUCACCGAAGGCCUUGCUCAUCAACUCAGUGCACUUCUCAAUGGUGCCUCAACCCAGGUGCCCACGAUCCUGCCGCAGACAUUAUCAAAUACCCACACCUCUUCCAAAAUUCAUGGUUUUGCAAACCUCAUUUCCAGGCCUCUGAACUAUGUCUCCAACCACUUACUUUUUUCUUUUGCUCGCUGGCCCUCUCUCGACAUCACUUACUUUUUUAUGGCUUCUAUUUCAUGAUUUAUCAAUGUCGUCAUUCCCCUACUGCUAUCUUUGUUUUACCCUUUUCUCUCUUCAUCACACCCGCCUUAUGAACUGAACAGUUUCUACACCAGCGCCCCCAGGAAUGGCUAUGGGAAUCCACAGUGUGGAGCAAAGUGCUGUCACUCUAGAUGAAUAAUUUACUUUGAAUGGGUACACUGUGAUGCCUCGGGUUCCUGCUCUCUCUCCAUAUAUGUGGUAAGCUUGAUCUCCUCUUCUCUCCCCAAAUUGCCUUUUCUUGUCUUUCACUUUAUGGUUAAAGUAGAAGCCGUCAUAUGGAAGGGCUGCUGCCUUCCCUUGACCAAUUCGGUACAUGUGCUCGUGUCAGCCUCAGUCUUUGCUUCCGCUCCUAGUUCAGCAGAGCACGUGUCCUCCUCCCCUGCAAGGCUGGUCUCUUCAUGUGCACCUGGUCCUCUCACUCUCUCGAAGGCAAUAGCCCUACUACUGCACAUCAUUAACUGCCCCUUUUAAUUCGAUCCAUCCCUUCCACACACAAACAUGCGCAAAAGCUUUCAUUUUAAAAUCUUUACAAACUAGCAAAACUACUCUGAUGAUCCCACAUCCCUGUGGAACUCCACACUAUUCUCUUGAUUCCUCAUGCUUCCUUCAGACACACUAUCUCUACUUCUCUUCACAUUCGCUCACACCUCACAUUCUGAUCUGAUGCCUCCCCUUACCACUCCAAAAUGGCUCCUCUCAAAGUCCCCAUGGACUUCUGUCCUCAUCCUGCUCUGAUCGAUCCCGAGGGGUGCAGCGCAGCCCAGCCUUCCUGACCCCCAGAGUUGACUGUGAUAGAAGGAGAGUCCUUGGCUUUCUCUUUCCCUUGUUCUCCCUGUUACACUUCUGCCUACUCUGCCAUUUUGCUUGUAUCAUGCAGAUGGAUACCAGUCUCCUUUUGCUUUCCACAAAGAUGGCCAUUAUUUUCAACAGUGCUGGUGGUCAUGGAGUUUUCCAUACUUUAUUGCAAAUAAAGUCAGUCCCCUAAGGCAGAGCUGUGGAGCUUUUCCUCCUUGGGGCCUGUUUUUCCCACUAGGCAGAAUCCCUUUACUACUAUACUGGAGCUGGGUCAGAGACCCUCUUUCCCCAGGAUGACAUCCUGCUCUAUGGGUGGGUACUAGGGAAGGGGAUAUGGAAACCCUUUGUCUUCUCAGCUUGCCCUUGCCAGCAUGGAAUUUCUGCCCUGCAAGGAAGCUGGGCUGUAGGCACGGCUCCAGUACCAGUGACUUACCAUGACUGGAGCAGAGCUUCCGCCCUACCAGUGGAGGCUAGAUAAAGAAAAGGAGACCCAAGCCUCUUGGUAUGCCAAUCUGGAAUAGAACUUCCACAAAAUGGGGCUGGAACUGAGAAACGCCAGCAUCCUGCCCCUUCAGAAGUCAAACUACAGCCCCAGACCAGGGUCUAAGGGAUGCUGGAGCCCUGUUGCUGCACAUGACCCAGGUAGAGUUUCCAUAACAUGUGGCUAGUGGGGAGUACAUGGAGCAGAACAUGUCUCAGAUGCCACAGACCUGUGCUGCUCUUAACUGAGAUUUUACAGAUUUUCCUGAAAGAAGGUUUUCCUUUGCUGUAUGCCCUUAGGACACUUGCCAGGGACUUUAAGUGAUGGCUAUUUAAAAUAAUUUUCUCAGUUAAAUUGUUAUUUUGCUGGGUAGAAAGUCUUCUGAGUUUAUUUGUCCAUUAUUCCAGAAGUCCCAUCUUUUAAUUCAUCUUUGUAUACCCACCACAAAGUCUCUGGGCAUGUUAGCAUCGGGGCUAAUAGCAAAACCUCGUUUUAAAAAAAAUUACUCACCUGCUGUAAAAAAAAAAAAAUCUCACUUUUGCUAAUGCAAUUGGAAAUAAGACUUUGAGAUAUUUCAAUGUAUUUCCAAUUCUUACUGAAUGCAGCAUUUCAGAAUUUCAGAUAUUUCUUAAGAUUCUUGGAAAUACUGGUGCUGUCAAGUCCAAGUUCCUCAUACAGGAAUUUAAUGUGGGCUGUAAUCUUUUUAUGAGAAUCGUCAAUCACAUGAUGCCUUUCAGGGUGAAUAUCCAAAGUAAUUUGGGGGCCUGACAGCCUAACCAACUAACCUGCCUGGAUUCAAGUCUCUGUUCUGCCACUUGUUAGCUAUAUUACUGAGAAAAUGUUGUAAAACUCACAGUAGCUCCCUGAGAGGAUUGUGGUGGGAUAAAUGGUUAAUGCAUGGGAAAUAGUUGGCUCAGAGUUAGGCACCCACUGAAGGACAGCUCUCUGUUCAUCUUGGUAACCUCUGCAUGGUGACAGAUUGCCACAAGGGGGCAUCAAGAGCCAGGUGUAAUGAAGCGCUCAAGGGAUCUUUGGUCAGGUCAUCCCCAUGGUUACAUUUGUAGGCCAACCAGAAGUCGGUCUCUUUCCAGACAACAGAAGAUAGAAGUUGGAGGCACUUCCUAAACAUCACCAUACUAUUUUCGACAGAAGACAGGAAUUUAGCCUUCCUAAACAUCACUAGGUCAUUCCCCCAACUAGAAGCCUUGCUAUACAGGCACAGGAAGUAUGCUGUCAGUAGGAAAGUCUCAUUUGAUUUAGAAGGUACUAUUCCUGUGUGCAAGGUAGUGUUCAAGGAGAUGGGAGGACGCAGAGGUUCCCUUCAGGAACAAUCACAGAUAAGAAGUUGGUAUUUACUCGCGGAGUGUGCACCGUGCAUCAAGGAUCCUAACAGCAGAAGGCAUCAUCCCAUUCCUUUAGUUCUGACUAAAGAGGGCCCCAGAGGCUCAGCCAAGGGUUUGACCUUUGCUCAGAGGAUGACAAAAAGUCAAUUGAUAUUCUGGAGCAAGGAGGAGGGAACUUAAUGAAGAAGGUACUUAGCAUGAUUUAUUCAGAGUGGAGUGCAGGAAAGAAGAGUGAAAGAAAAAGGCAGAGAUGCCCCCUGGCAAGAUCUCAACAGUGCAAAGCCAAACUUGAUGAAAGCAAACGUUCUUAACAAAACGAAAUUUUAGGAGAUACCCCAAUAGUUAAGAAAAUAAAAAUGAAGCUGAACCAGGAAACAGUGACUGAAGCUGGUGGAAACAGGAGUCUCCACCGACUAGACCUCUCUGUCACCUUCUUACAGCUCCCCAAAUGGUGAACUGGAUAUAGGUUUUCAAAACCAAAUUAAACGUUGGAAGAGCCUUGGGCGUAUCUCUAUGGGACACAACUUGAAAACAGCUGCAGUUGUCCAAAUAGUAAAGCAGAUGGAGGAAGACACAGGAGAAAGGAUGACUUGAGGAUGGAGGGAGGUGGAGCAGACAGCCCACAACCGAACACCAAGCUGCCCCAGUGUCCUCACUCCAUUCCAGCUGCACCCUCCACCCUCUGUCUGCCUCCUCCUUUCUUCACUUCUCCUGCUUUCCUUCACAUUCUGUCCAUUGCCUUACACUCGUGUAUGUCCAGGGUCUGAGCCCCACUAUUGGCAUUCAUCUUGGCUCUCAUCCUUGGUUACAAUUCACAUUUGCCUCUCCCUUCCCAGAGAUAAGCCAGCCUGACCCAGGCUUAUCAAUGGGAGCCCUGGCCUGGACCCAGGAGGCCACCAUUCUUGCCAUCUGCUGUGAAAAUUAGGAAAGAAGAAUGAAGGGGAUCUAGCAACAGAUUGUGUAUGGAGGCAGAACUAAUAAAGGAAGGGAAGAAAGGGAAGGGAAGAAAGGGAAGAGGGUCAUUAAGAAGCUAAUAUUUAUGAAGUGGUGUCUAUGUACCAGGCACUUUGCUAAGAUGUCAUAUACACAUGUGUUAUCUUAGUAAUAUGUCCAUAUUUGUAUAUAAUAUACCUAGUUGUAUCCUUAUAUACCGCAUUUAUAUAAAUAUAUGGGCCGUGGGUGGGAAUAGACAAGAUGCCACAAAGCACACUGUUUUUGAUGAGGAUGCAGCCAUUUCACCUGAAUAAAUACUCCUCGGAUUGUUGGGAGACUUUGGUUAAUUUCCAGGGUUCGGAAAAUGUUGAUUCUGAUCAUUUUUGUCAGUGUUCUCAUUGCUUUUAUGGAAGGGUGGAUCUUCAGAAGGUUUUGCUCUGCCCUGUGGAAAUUAGAGCCCCCGGGGCAAUGCUUCCCAAUCCCCCCGCAUCACACUGCUCACUCACCCUUGGCUUGUAGUCCUCAGAACCCGGAGUCUUUUUCAUGAACCGCUGGCAGCUCCUUCCUGUAUCUGAUUGUUUUCAAGCAGGUGUAAGACUUUUCGUUUUCACUAAUUAAAUUUCAUUUUCUUGAUUUUUGUUGUUGUUCCAAGAUGUCAAAUAAUUGGGAAUCCUGGCAUCAGUAAGUAUGCUUUCUUGGUUUCAUUGGAGUCCUAGACAACAUUAUUGGCCCAAGUCAGAGCACAGACCAGCCUUUUGGGGCUCCGCGGGGUAUCCUCUCCAGAGGGACAUUAACUAGUCCACUAACUAGUUUGGGCACUUUUAUUUCCAAACUGUGUCUGUAGCAUUCCAGAAUCUACCAGUAAGACACUUUUUUUCAGAAAAGGAAAGUUGGUUAAUUUUACAUGAUUUAUUCACAGCGAAUUUCCCCAACUCCUAUUAUUCACUAUUUCUUUACUGUUCACACAUCAUUUGCUUCUAAAGAAUGUUAUACUUAUUGAAGUACCAAGGAUCCAUCAUUGCCCCUUUUGGAAAACCAAGGCAACAUUUGGUGUAUCCUCAAAUUUCUGGCCCCUUUCCAUCUCUCCAGACAUUUCUCAAAGGACAAUAGCAAUUGUGUGAGAAUUAAUCUGCAGCCUUCCCUGCCUUGUCCCUGGUGAUGGCGGGGCCAAGAAGAGCACAGCCUGGGGGGAGCCAGCUUAGGAGCGGGGGCUGUUCCCAUCUGGGCAGCCCAGGCAGCUAAUGGAUAACUCUAGGUGUGGUGUGGGAAAUCAUCAGUACCGGAGUUCCAAACUGCCCUCAGACGGCUGUGGUGUGGUUCGGGGCUGGCUUUUUUGGUUACUCAUGGCAGUGCCACGUCAAUAAUUAGUGAACAGAGGGAGAAGAAUCCAGUCUCCCCACUGCCUGGGAGAGGGGGGCUGGUGGGAGUAAUAGGGGGUCAUAAGGCUCAGCUGAGCUGACUGAAACUCAGGGCUAGAGCCUCAGACAUAGUCUUGAGGGCAGGAGUCCCCUACUGUGAAUUGGGCCAACUGUGUGGGCACAGAGGACAACAGCCCUGUUAGUACCCACCGCUGACAUGUUUGCUGCCUGUCUCCACGAAUGCCUUAGUAUGGAGUGGGGCACAUUCACGAUUCUAGCUGUGAGGGCCCGGAGAAGACCGGAGCUACCAAGGAAUGCUACUUUUGAGAGUUUGUACGGUACAGUGGAAAUAAAGGCCCAGAUAGGCUAAAUAAAGUGGUCCAAACACUUGGCAAACUAUUUAUUACUGUGAGUUUCAAGUUUCUCAUUUAUGCAACUAAGCAUCCAGCGCACAAGAGCCCCAGUAAAUUGUCCCCGGGAAUUUUCCUGAUGCAGGUAGGUUUCUUUCUUGGAGCAAUUCCCCAUCCCGACUGCCAGGUGGCGCCUGGGAGCAGGGCCGCCCUUUGCAAAGGCUUUGCUUUCCACCCUUUGGGCGCUAGGUAGUUAGUGAUCUUCCUCUCUGUGCUCAGGCUGGCAUUUAAAAUCCAGUACCGCACACAGACUUUGUGCUUUUGAUGCAUCUGCUCCAGGAAGAACUGUGAAACUCAGAAAUACCUACUUCUAGCCAGGCACCCAUGGCUCCAAUAGGAUCUGUCAGCUGAUAAGACUGUGAUAUAACCAGACAACGCAGACUUCAGAGUCAAACAUUUCAUUAGGAAUCUGAUUUUUUUUUUUUCUUUGCAUGCUUAUCUCUAUUAUAAGUUAGAGAAUCUGGAAAGAGUGCAGAGACUCAAAGUUCAGGCCUCGUAGGUUUGAGUCUCACUACGCUGAGCAACUUUGGACAAAUGACUUGAUCUUUCUGAACCCUACUUUCUCUAGCUGUAAAAUAGUUGUAAUAAUAGUAGCUGCAUCAAGGGUUGUCAUGAGAAUAAAUGAGAUAAUACAUGGAGGACACAGCAUGAAAUCAGGUACAGAGCUAGUGCUCACUGAGUAUAAGCAAUUAUAUGUCAGGAGCAGGAGCUUUGAAGUCAGUUGGGUAAGGAUUUGAAUCCUACUCUUUGAUUCAAAAGUUGGAAGGUCUUGAAUAAGUUAUGCAAACUCUCUGAGCUCCUUGAGAGUUGAUUUGAAAGUUGCAGGAUUAUUAUGAAAAUUACAGAGCUAUAUAGACAAUGCUUUUUACUUUUCAUUUGCAUCAUGACCCAUUUCAGAUAGGAUUUGAGUUUCCCCACACAAAACAAAAGUAACCCAAUGACUUUCUUUAAGCCAAUAAUAAAAUCAGUGUGACGAAAAAGCAAGGAUAGGAAACAUGAGGGAAAACAAGAGAUAAGGUCAGAUAAGAUCCAUGUAUCCUCGCUAGUGAGGGGGUCACAAAUGUGGCUCUGGGCUUCUUAGCAUCCAAGGCAAUAAAGAAAGGAAAUAUGGUUAGUUACAUGAUUCAGAGUGCCAAGAUAAAUGCAGAGGAGUUCUGAAGAAGAAAUCUCAGCUAUUCCUAGUUCCGAGACUGAAGAGGCUGUAAGUAGCACAUGGUGGAUACACAAUGGAUAUAUAAAUGUUAGCUGUCCUCAUCUUCAGGCACAGAGGAAAAAGUGAGUCCAGGAAUAAAUGCAACAUGGGAGAGGUAACUUGUGACCUGAACAGAACUGAAUACAAAUUUGCAGGUGCUGGGGGGAGGGGCCUGGAGAAGGGAGGGAGUCUGUCCACAAGGGGAGAGCAGGACAGUGUCAGGAUCGCCCCCACCCAUCAUUGCAGCUUGAAACCCAGGGACUCACGGUCUGUCACACAGUGGAGAGGAAACCCCUGUCAGACUGACAGGCACAGCAACUUGUGGUUCGAAAAGCCAAACCAAACCGGGAAGGAGAGAGGUGGCUUGGGAGCUCAAGCACAGCUGUUUCGACUUAGAGUCGCUCCCUCCUGGACAUCUGGUGUAUAAUGACGGUCCUCAGAGGGAAGUGAGUUCUCUUUUUCUGAGUGUGUUUUGUUUGGUUCUGUUUUCCUGUGGACCCAGCCUUAUGGCUCUUGCAGGAAGAAAACAGCCAGGCUGGUGACAGGGAAUGUUACUUUUUUUGCCAGGUCCUCUCAGCCAUUACCAGUAGGGCUGGAGGCUUCUGUGACGUAACUGAGUCAGAAAGGGUUUUGAGGGUGUAAAGACCCACAGAAUUGUACAGAAAUUGUAUUCCCAUUCCUCCUCUUCUCACGCCACACUCCCAGCUCCUUCUUCAUGUCUUCCAACACACUCUCUGACUCUGUCUCUCUCUGUCUCACUGUCUCUCUGUCUCACUAGGCGGGAGGGGGUGGGAUAAACCUGCAGAAAUCUGUGUUUCCUUCUGCAUUAACCACACAGAGGAGCCACAUCCCUGCAUCCGCUUGGGACUUUGUCCUAAAUAAAUCUAUAUGCGAAGACAGAGCUUUGCUGCUUCCAGGUGUUUGUACCCAGGAGGCAAAGAUGAGCUAAUUAGUGCCUACGGUUAGGUUCUGAACACACCGUUGGUAUUACUGCCCUGCUCUCGGUGACAACUGAGCAGUCACUAACUUUGAGGACUUAAAUACCCUUUAGACUCUUCCUGGCCCGCCCAGAGUAGGCAUAGCGUGAUCACUGCAGCCCAGGAUAGCAGCUUCCUAUCUCUGCAAUCAUCUGUUUUCGAAGAAUUCUCCCCAGGGCCAGUUCCUGGUAUGGUUCUGAUUGUUAUCUUUGCACCCCCCCCCCCCCCCCCCCCCCCCCCCCCGUGAGAUGAUUGUGACAGAGUCCCCAUGUUAGCCAGCUCUGCCCAGGCACAGCGGAAGGGACACAGACUAGGGGAGUCAGACAUCCGGGUUCCAGGUAGGACUCUCCUAGCCAAGUUCAGUAGCUUCGGAUAAGUUACUUCUGUUUUCUGGUCCUCAAUUUUCCCAUCUGUUAAAAAAAAAAAAAGUCUCUAAAAAAAUUUUUUUUACAUAUGGAUUUUCCUGGGGAAAGGGUCCAUGGCUGUCAUUAUUUUCUGAAAAGGGUCUGUGACUCACAAAGGUUAAGAAUCCUUGGGCUUGUUGAUUUACAAAUUCUUAGAACCCAACUUACAGCAAUUCUUCGGUUCUGUGCUUCUAGGAAUGUCAUACAUUGCGUAGUUCAGCAAGUGUUUGCUGACUGCCUACUGCAUACCAGGUCCUUUGACAGGAUGCAAGGAUGCAAAAGUAAAUAAGACAGCUUCAAGGAGACCCCUGUCCCAUGGGGAGACCCACCCACAAACAAAGAAUCAUGGUAAGAUGUCUCAAAGAUAAUGACAGAUUCACACAGAGCAUCCAGAAGUGACAGCACCUUUCCCUCCUCGCCUCCAAAGAGCACAUGAACUGCUAAGAAGCGGUUGGGGGGUGGGGGGACCUUCCCUUCAGGAUUCCAAAGUGGAGGGCAUGCUUCCACCCAGACCUUCCGAAGGCCCCAGGCUCCUGCUGACCCUGUCCCUCCUGACAGUCUCCACAUAAGUUCUCUGUCCUUGAGCUGCCAACAAGGUCAUUGAGCUUAAGUAGAAAUGGGCCUCCUCCUUCUUGUGUGUUACCGUUCCUGUGCAUGCCUCAAAAGCCUCAUUCCUUGCAGGAAACCCGAGACCUUGUCAGUCCCUCUUUUCCUGCCCUUACUGGGCUCUCUUGGCCCCUUUCAUGUCCAACACUCCAGGACACCAAACCUUGGGGAUGCUGACAAGGUAUUCCGCCAGCAUGUUAUUCUUGUUCCUGUGUAGACCUUAGCAGCUCCCAGAGACCUUAUCGCUCUGUAGGAAGCACUAUUAAAUGGUAAAUCCAUUUAAAAAAGAAAAGCAGAGGGGUGCCUGGGUGGCUCAGUCAGUUAAGUGUUUGCCUUCAGCUCAGGUCGUGAUCCCAGGGUC